ACGCAACACACCACAGUUGGAACGACCGAUACUCCUAACAACGUGAUUUCGAAAAUCCGGGUUGCAAAUUGCGGAGAUCCACCAUGCAAUCUAUAUAGAGGACACUUUUCUAAAAUAUGGGUAGAUAUUGAUCCACGGAGCUCAGGUAUUAGAAUGGACAUUUGA